AUGGCGCGACUCGUGUGGAGAUCGACCACAUGCUCACAAAUCGGAGGUUGUGUCUACUUGACAUAUCGGCAGUACCAUCUUUUUGUAGUGAUCAGCGGUUUUCUUCGUGCGAAAAUACUAGUUAGCCACUCGAUGAAAAAGAACAUCUUUUAUCGGCAACGAAGGAGGGAAGAAGUCGUAUACGACGAUUGCAUAGUCGAAGACUUUUUGUCCAAAGGUGAUCGACACAUCGAGGAGGACCCAAGCGUGAACUACGACCUACGGAAGAGGACUGCGAGCCUGUGUGGAACGUGCCUCGAAGCUGCGCACGACAAAAUUGGAAAGAAUUUAGAAAACCACCGAGGAAUUGUUGGAAAAUCAUCACCAGCGAGAUGGGGUGAUUUAUUCGUCUCACGGAUGGACCAGCUGAGAGCUCAGCUGCAUACGGCUCAAGGACUUUGUCAACGUCAACCACGAAAGUUGAGAACAUGUUGGAUGACGAUGGCGGGUGAACGAAACGGUUACAAAAGGUGCUGGAGCCCGCACGUUCAGUCAAGACUGGCCUUCUAA